GGGGUGGGCAGUGCUAGAUAAUAUAGUGCUAUAUUAAGUGGUGUGUUUUCAGCUGAUUUUGGAAAGCAGCCCUCAGAAGUAGCAUGAUGUAAAAUAUAGCAGGGUGUGUAAGCCACUUGGACUCUGCUGCCACAAAGCACACAGGCUGAUGGCAUGUUGAUUAAAAACAAAACACAACACAACACAACAACCAGAAAGAUUUGUGGCACCUUGAAGAGUCUCCAAUUUAUUGUAGCAUAAGACUUGGUGGACUAGAGCCCAGUUCAUCAAACAUAUAUUCAAAUACAUGGCUAUAGAGAAAACAAUUGUUAACAACUGGGCCAAAAGGUCAUGAAAUACAAGAGAUCAUGAGACAGAAAUUCCUGAUCUGAAUACAUAGGAUUAAACUUGCUCAUAAAUUCUAAUCCAGCAAUUUCACACUGGAGUCCUCGUAAAAGUCUUUGCUGUUGUUAAAUGCUGGUGAUUUUCAGGUCAGCAGCAGUGUGUCCUGAGAAAAUGAAAUAUCUUCCCAAUAGCUUAUGCUGCCUUAAAAAAAAUAUGAAGCAUUGUGCCCAUUUAUUCUUAACUGUGGGUCCUUGCUUAUUUGUCCUAUACAGACACUAGGAAGGCAUUGUUGGCAGCUGAUACCAUACCAUAUUUCAAAAAGUAAAAACCAGGACACCCCAAAAGUUAUUGAGGAAACCACCAAAAUUGUUGGGCUUUUUUUAAAGGAACAGUUUGGGCUGGUUCCUUUGACAAAAUGUUGUGUUCAGUUGCUUUUUCUUCUGGGUCUGUCCUGUAGUAGAUCACUCCAGCCUUUCCAAUUCUGUCUCUUCAUUCUGUGGAUAUUAUAGUUUUUAGAACGCCUAAGGCAAAUCUUUCGGAUGAGAUCACUGUCUGAGGAACUGGAACAAAAUCUUGUUUCAGAAGGCUACAGUACAGAUGGUGGAUGGGGAGACUGUGGCCCUCCAGAAUAUCCUCAUGGUGCGGAAACGGGAAAGGGCAACAGCAGGCAAGUAAAGCUGUGCAGGCCUGGCUGGUGCUCCUGUCAGUACCACUGCCAGACAGUGAGCCUGCUUGGGGAUGGGGAGGGUGGGCCAGCCCGGUCUGCCAGGAGGGCCCACUAAGGGCCCCUUUGACCCAGGCAGGGUCCUGCCACCCCGGGUCGGCCCCUGCUCGAACAACUCUUUUCAGUAAAACCAGUUCACACGUUCAGUUCAGGAGGGGGGGGUAUAUCCGCGCACGUGUGAACCAGCCCCGUGUGUCCUCUUCUGACAGUAGCAGGCUCGCUAUCAGCGCUCCGGCAGGCGGAGGGUUAACACUCCCCCCCCCCGCGGCUGAAUUGCUAUUAACCAGCUGCCACAUGGGCGGGGGCGGGGCGGGGGCCAUAAAAGCUGCCGGCGGCGCAGCCGAAGACACAAUUGAUCCGCGCAGCGCCAGCCUCGCCCCCCGAGAGUGACAUCAUCCCUUCCAAACCCCAACCGGCGCUGCCAUUGGCUGGCCAGGUAAUUGAGAGGGGCAUUUCUGCUCUCCCUCCCGCCCCGCCCCUUUCCCCAUGCCUACUUUGUGCUUCUCUGGCGCUGCUGCCGCCGCCGCCUCCUCCACUCCGCCUUCCUUCGAGCCCUCCGGCCACACACGCCCAGGGCAGGCGCCGCCGGCAGCAGCAGCACCAGCAGCAGCGACGCCCAGGCCGGCCGGCAGCGUCCCCUGCCCGGAGACAAAAGCCCCCCAGGGCUCCUUCGCUUGCUGGAGCGGCCGAGGGACGGUUGGCUCGGCUUCCCGGCGCGCCGCGAGCGAGCGAGCGAGGUAACAGCCGUCGAGGGGCGCCGGGAGUUCCGGCGGCGGGCGGCGCCUGGCCGGAGCUUUGGGAACUGCGCGCGGAGCGGAGAGGGUCUGGGCGGCUCUCCUCCCCCCCCCCCCACGGUUGGGCAGGGCGGGUUGCUUCUCUUCCCCCGGUUUCCCACGUGCUGGGGGUCAGCUUAUUUGGGGGAAGCGGGGGGGGGGGCGUGUGGGGCUCCUGUGCACAUGGCGCCGGCAGGUGCAAAGCGGACCGAGCGAACAGCCCUGAUCUGGAGGGGCGGGGCGUUGGCUUUUUUGUUAGGCUGGGCAGUUUUUGAAUGGAUCCUCCCGGCCAAAGGGAAGACUGGGAGCUGGAUCCCAGGCUCUUCUCUGGGCUUCGUGAAGCCUUCGGGGCAGAAUCUGCUGUGUUAGCCUGUUAGCCCCGUCCGCUCUCCCCCUCCGACCAACUCGUCACCCUCGGAGAGGGGAGCUGCACACUGCAUUUGCUGUACCCGUUGGUGGCUAUUCUUGUUGUUGCACUUUCUCCGGGUGCAGUAAGCAGGGCAUUUUUUCCUUUUUAAAAAAGGCGUGAUGUGAAAGGGUUUUUUCCCAGCAAGCUGAUUGAAGCGAGCUAAGGCUACAAGUGCAUUAAAAGCGUCGGUACUGAAAAAGCGAGGUUUAUAUUAUAUAUAAACAAACAAAAACACAAAGCCUCCAUAAUGUCAGGGGCCACAGGGGGAAGUAGCUCCCAUCCCUAAAAAGUCUGGCAUGAAACCAGGAGGGACCAAUUCCUAAGAUGUGCAGGCCCUUUCCUUUGUUAAGGGAGGGAUUUGCAGUGGUGAUGAGCUACCAUCUCGUAUGAACACACAGCCCCACCCUGUGCUUCUUUGUGAGAGUGAAUAGGCUUUCCCUGGUAUUGCUGGAUGAAUCCAUUUAAAAGAUAAAAUGAAACUGAGGCUGCCUUUUUGCAGGAAAGGCAAACUGAACCAAAUCUCUCUCAGCUGGUUAUUGGAAGAACAAAUGUCAACUAUCUCACCAUUCAUAGGGUCCCGUGUAGUUGACAGUGGACAAAGGGGUUCCUUUCUCCGUCACAGUAUACACGUAAAGGAGGCUGUCUCUAAAAUGGAAAAAAAAGUUUGUAUUAAGGCUUUGUACUCAACAGAAAUAGCCGCCCCCCGCUUGGAUUAGCUCCUCUCUAGGAAAGAGGCUACCCUUGCAGGAAAAAUCCCACAGGAAAUAAAGUAAAAAAAAAAUGGGGGUGGGGAAUCCAGGUGACCUAGUGACUUUUAGAUGGAUGGCUGAGAGAUGCAGAAAUGGGCUAGUCUAGAGCAUGGGUAGGCAAACUAAGGCCCGAGGGCCGGAUCCGGCCCAAUUGCCUUCUAAAUCCAGGCUGCAGACAGUCCAGGAAUCAGUGUGUUUUUACAUGAGUAGAAUGUGUGAUUUUAUUUAAAAUGCAUCUCUGGGUUAUUUGUGGGGCAUAGGAAUUCAUUCAUUUUUUUCCAAAAUAUAGUCCAGCCCCCCACAAGGUCUAAGGGACAGUGGACCGGCCCCCUGCUGAAAGCUUGCUGAACUCUGCUCUAGAGGAAAGGCAAAGCCUUUUUGGGAUGGAGAUGAAUGAAUAAAACCCUUUAGGGCAAGGUGUACGGACCAUCUGCUAGUGAAAGGAUGUUGCUACAGAAGUGUGCAAAGGAAGGGCAGUGCAUGAACACUGAAGAAUAAGGAAAAUCACUGGUGAGGUAAAGUUCAAUUAUAAGAUGGAAAUAAGUUUGGGGAGUAUGCAUCAAAUCAGGUGAGUUUUUAAAUGGGAGAGAUGUCUGCUAAUCUAAUCACCUACCUAACAGGGACGUGGGUGGCGCUGUGGGUUAAACCACAAAGCCUAGGACUUGCCGAUCAGAAGGUCGGCGGUUCGAAUCCCCGCAAUGGGGUGAGCUCCUGUUGCUCAGUCCCUGCUCCUGCCAACCUAGCAGUUCGAAAGCAUGUCAUAGUGCAAGUAGAUAAAUAGGUACCGCUCUGGCGGGAAGGUAAACGGCGUUUCCAUGCGCUGCUCUGGUUCGCCAGAAGCGGCUUAGUCAUGCUGGCCACAUGACCCGGAAGCUGUACACCGGCUCCCUCGGCCAAUAAAGCGAGAUGAGCGCCGCAACCCCAGAGUUGGCUAUGACUGGACCUAAUGGUCAGGCGUCCCUUUACCUUUACCUAACCUAACAGGAAGCAGAAGUCAUGGAUGAUUGUGUUGGGGGGAAGACAAUGGCUAAGCAGCUAAGCAGAUGUAACUGUGUCUUUGCACACUGAUGCUUCUAGAUCUCUCUCCCUGGUACUUACUUUGUGUAAUUAAAGCGGAUCGGCAAGGUUGUAGCUGGGGAACGUAAUGACCAUCUCCAAAACCAGAAGAGAAAUUAUAGGCUUGCUAGCAGAGCUCUUCCUCCUGGGACAAUAAUUGGAACAAACAAAAAACCAAAAGUGAAUGGGUGACUGUUGGAAUGAUCUAACUCUUGCUUUGGGGCAGGUGUGAUGGGGGUGGAGGGGCUGCAGCUCCCUUGCACUUCUUAUGGCUUCAAGGAAAGAGCAGAGGGGGGAGGGUUGAGUGUCUAAUGUAGCUGGAAAGUUUAAGAGAGUGUGCAGCAGCAUUCAAGGGCUAGAAAAGAAGCAGGUUUUCCCAUGGGCCUGCCUCGGGCUCAGAUGUGGACUGAAACAUACGCUUUGCAGCUUUGGGUGAUGCAGAAUUAUAAACAUGCCAGGAUGUUGGAGUGGGUUAUAAACAACCGAACAAGAUAUUUGAGACAAUUGAAAGCUACUCAUGGUUGGCAGUAGAAGGGUGGGGGUAGAGUGUAAAUACAAUUUUGGGCAGGGUGUAUGUAAGAGAUUUCAAAGAGUUCGACUGUAGCAUGAACAACACUUAGCUCUGCUGGCUUUUAAAAUGUCAAGUUGUUUUCAUUAACAAAACAAUAUGGAAAAUAAAAAUUAGAGGCUGGUUAUGACUUAAAAGUUAAAUGGCUAGCUUCUGUGAUACUCCAAGGAACUGCAUAUGCAGUAUAUGCAUAUAUAAGGGAAUUUGGAGGGUACACACUUUUAGCAAGCAGAAAGUGAAACUGAAACUUGACCAUGCAGGAGACAAGAAGGUCAGGAGAAACCAAAGUACAGUAUUAAAACAAAAUGACCUCUUAAGAUAAUAGGGUGGGAGGGCAAAAGUUCCCUAUCAGAACUGUUUGGCAAUAGCUGAUAUUGACUGGGAAGGUUAUUUACAUGGAGAGGUGUUGUGUCAAGUGUGACUUAAGGGGUUGGUCCCAUAAAGUUCAUUCUUGUUGCAUUGAACAAAUGUGCUUUUUGCAAAUACAGUGGUGCCCCGCAAGACGAAUGCCUCGCAAGACGGAAAACUCGCUAGACGAAAGAGUUUUCCGUUUUGGAGGUGCCUCGCAAAACGAAUCUGCUAUGGGCUUGCUUCGCAAGACGAAAAUGUCUUGCGAGUUCCUGGGUUUUUUUUUUCCUUUCCCCCCUCUUUUUCUAAGUCGCUAAGCCGCUUAUCUGCUUAUCCGAUAAGCUGAUAAGCUGCUAAAAGCCGCUAAUAGCGCUAAUCCGCUAAUCCCGUCAAUGGGCUUGCUUCGCAAGACGAAAAAACCGCUAGACGAAGAGACUCCCAGAACGGAUUCUUUUCGUCUUGCGAGGCACCACUGUAGGGUGCUGUUUCUGCAUCUUUCUCUCCCACAUCAAACAAUGGGUUAAAAGUUUAGCAUAGGAGUGGCUAAAUGUCCUGGAUGUUCAGUUAGGGCUUUAAAACAACCAGCUGAAUAAGCAAAUAUGGGUGAAGACUCUACCCAUAGCCCCCUCAUUGCCUUGUGCUCUAAGAGCAGAAUGGAAAUGACCCUGGGAACUGCCUUCGUGAUCUAAUAGCUGUCAGCAGUCACUGAAGCUUUCUGCAUAUGGCUUCUCUAGAGUGGGCAGAAAGUAAUGUGAUCUGCUGGUGGACCAUUGGGUGCCCUAGGAUAUAGGUGGAAGAGCCUCUCUAAGUCAGUGGGUGACUUGAGACCUAUCUACCUAAGUCAGCUCUGUCAGUUCAUGGGCAGCGGGCAAAGUAUUCUAUGACACUUACUGCCUGGGAAGACUGUGCAGAGGCUGCCAAGGGCCAGUUAGUCUUUCACUUCCUGCACAGGAAAAUAGAGCAUUGGUAGUGUCAACUUUGGACCACGUGGCUUGGCAGGCCCCCCCCCCUUGUCUUCUGCCCUCUCCCCUGGAGAGGAGUGCUAUCAUGUAUUGUAGCCUCUGCAGCCACAAUUCAUCACACUUCUGCCCGGGUGCAAAAUUACCACUGGCAACAAGGCUUGGUUGGUCCCAAACCUGCUGUGCAAACUGCAUCAGGUGCACCCAAGGUUCUCAUAAGGGGAACUCUCCUGACCUGGAACCCUCCAGUUGCUUUCGGCUGCAGCCAGCGUUCUGUGCUGGCAGGGGCUGAUUUGUUGGCGGAGGCUGCUCUCGUCAAAUCAACCCAAGAUUCAGUGCAUGGCAGUUGCAUAAGGCCUUCAGCUCUUUUGUAUGCUACAUGCCAAUCCUGGAUAAUCAAUGUGGAUAAACCUUGCAUUUUAAAUAGGCUCCAAGCAAGUGUGUGUAAGAGUGAGGCAUUUGGCUGAAACAAAUUUGCAUCUUCUGUUUUGCUGUUCACCUUGUCUCAGAGGCACUUCAACUUUCCCUGUAAAGUUUUGAUCCUCUCCUCAGUUUAGAGGCAGGAAUUGAACUGUCUUCAACAAAUCCCUUAAAAAAAAACCCCACCCUCCAAAGCUAAGACAUGUUUAAAAUAACUUCCUCUCUUUGGUCAUACUGAAAAGGGCUUUGAUAGGAGAUCUAAUUAUCUAAUAGUAUGGCUCUAUGAGCUGUCUUGGUUUUGCGGCGUAGGAUUUAUUGUUGAAUAUAAAUUUCAGCUACAGUAGUGAUUGUAAAUUUUGUAGUGAUCUUUUAAAUGCCUUGACAGUCCAUUGGAUGCCAUCUGGGAAGGGUCCUCCUUUCAAGUUAUACUCUGUCUUGGCCUGUCAGUUGGGGAGGCAUAGGGAGCAGAGCAUGGUGAGGAAUAUCAGGUUCUCCUUCUGCUGGUGGAUUUGGUUUUCUUUCUCACCACAUCCCCCAAGCUUGAGUGCUCUGUGGUUUUGAUGGAACACUUUUUCUUCUUUUUUGCUGGGAGUUUCAAAGUAGGCUGCUAAAAUAGUUGCCAGCCAUGGGCAAAUACUGCUCUCUGGGCGGCAGUGUUCCUGAUUUGUCACUUUGCUCUACAAAGGGGACUGUACAGUGGCAGAAAUAGGGCCAAUCUAAUGAACAACACAACAUUGGCCUUGUGGCCUUGCUAGGUGGAUCCUAGCAACGCAACUGUUGCUUGACUGAUCUGACUUACCAGUAAGACUCCAACAUAAGGCAGCUGCCACUGUGACUUUGGCAUCCCUAGACAAUUAGUUUCGUACUGCGUGGAUUUUCAUGCUUUUCUUUGCAGUCCACCAACGUAGAAUCCACCUCUCUGAAAGCUUUUGGCAACAAGCUGCAGAUAGUUUCAUGUGACUAGAUGGCUGCAUAUGAAUGCUUUUGUGUAUAUAGUCAGUGCUGGCUUUUUGCAUCCGAAGCAGCUAGGUUCAGCUUGCUGAACCAACGGGAUGUGAGAGUCAUCUGCAAUACUACACACAAUCCCCGCAGAGCUUCAUUGGGGUGGGGUUCCACACAAAGUGUUGGUGGUCCUCUUUUUCAGGUUGCAGGUGAAAACGGAGCCCUGCACCUGGCCUAGCGGUUCAGAGAGAUACGGACAGCCUGCCCAGUGUCAGUCGGUGCAAAGAUGGAUGACAAUGGUGCUGCUGGCGGAGACCCAGCUCCACGGCUGAAUGGCGUGGCAACGGCCAGUAAAGGAGCCCGGGCUGCCUGUCCACCUGCAGCAAAACAAACACCCAGCAGGAGCCCUCGGGCUCCAGUGCAGGUCCCUGGCAGGAAGCAGCCAGGAGCCACUACAAGUCGUCCUCCUACAGUUCCUUGCAGUGCCCCCAGAAUGCUCAGCAAUGGAGCAGCCAGGAAGCCCCCCGUGUUGCAGACGAAGCAGCCAGUGGCCAAGGCCAGUACUGCCACCAACUUGUCUGCUAAGGGGGCAGUGAAAAAGGUCGUGGGGGACAGACCCAGCAGGCCAAAGACUUCAGAAAGGAUCGGUCAGGAGAAGGAGGUGCAGCAGAAACCCACAAAAGUGGAAACGCAGGUGACGGCUUCAGGUAUGGAUUGCCAGCCUAACUCUUCAGCAGGGGGUUAUUAAAGCUGUGCUAAGCCCCUUAAGACAUUGCAUGGCACCUUUGAGGUUUGUUCCUAGACAUGCUUGUCUAGAGAAGGCUGUGAUCUGGGCCAGGUUCUCUCAAACACAGCUUAACUCAAUGGAAACUUCCCAUAUACCCUCCCUCCCCAAAUUGUGCCAAAUUUUGGGAACAACAUGGAACUAUGCGGCUAACUGAAGGGUCCUUCCUCCCUGCCCCCCACCUAAAACCCCCUAGUAAUCCCCCCCCCCAGGUUUCCACUUGUAUACCUUGCAAAUAUGUGCACAGGCCUGGCUGUGAUAAUCACUCACCAUGUACUCAAACCUGGUAGAGAAAUGAGGUUCCAGGAGCCUUCCCUGUUCUGCUGGCGACUUGAUAGCUCUUUCAUGCUUAUCCAGCUAGGCUCUUCUGAUAGUUUGUUCUGUGCUUUAAUCAGCUGUUUACUUAAGGCAAGUAUCUUCUUUGCUCUUUCUGUAGCACCAAAGGCAACUUCCACGAAAGUCAAGAAACCCGAACAGACAAAGCCCCCCAGGUAUGGAACGGAGGAGCGCAGGGAGCUGUGAGUCAGACCGCUGGUCCAUUCACCUCAGCAUUGCCAACACUGACUGGCAGCAUCAGUUCAGGCUCGCAGGGAGGGAUCUUUCCCAGCCUGCCUGGAGAUGCUGGGUAUGGUACCUAAUACAGUACAUGCAAAGCAUGUACGUUUGUCCCAGGAGCAGUCCUAGGAGGCAGGCCAGGCUGAGUGGGUGACUGACCUGAGUCCAGCACUGUCCACUGGCACCACAGUGGCUAUUUGUCAUCCUAGUGCAGGUGUGGGGAACCUUUGCCCCUCUGGACGUUGCUGAACUACAACUCCCAUCAUCCCUGACUGUUGGCCAUGCUUGCUGGGCCUGAUGGGAGUUGUAGUUCAGCAACAUUGAAGGGCCCAAAGGACUCGUGUCCUAGUGAGCAGAUGCAGCCCUGCUUCCGUUAGAAGGAAGUAAGAGAACAGAGGUGCAGAGGACACUGGGAUGUGGGUCUGUAAUGUGAUGAGUGAUUGGCGGGGGGGCUGCCAGCUUCUUGAACACCACCAUAGCAACGACAAAAAAUGUGCACCUCCCACUCAACGAUGCACCCCAUAGAUGACCACAUGUACUGUUUUUGUGGAUCUGCUGCAAGUCCUACCUCUGCAGUCUCUGAAUAGACUGAUAGGGUGCACUUAGCAACAGUGCAGUACCUGAACCAACUCAACCAAAGUGUAGUUUCCAUUCUGAUUAAGGAAAAUGUGGCCCACAAUCGCCUUGUGUACAGUGCUUCCCCCACUGCGCAUUGGAGCAGGCAGUUCUCUGCUAAAAGCGAUGGUUACUGAAGCAGUAUUUUGAACUGUGCUGGCAAGUACUGCAGAGACUGCCUUGCCUAGAGUAAAUACAGUUUUGGUGAUGUGCCACACUUUAAAAAAAAGGAAUCAGUUUAAUUAUCUUUACUCUGCCAGCUCUUCAGAAAUGAGAGGUCCUCUUAAGGCAAAUCUACAGGCAGAAUUUUGCCCCAUCGACUUCCUUUGGGGCAGUCUGCACAGUAUACCAAAAAGAAAGCAGUGGGCAGAGAAAUAGCAGUUGUAGAGGUAAAUUUACCUACUUUUAAUUUGCUUUUAUGCAUUUCCUCUUUUAAUCUUGAAAAUGACUGGAGGCAAGGCCCGGAGAGUCGGGGGUGGGGAUAUUCUCCAGGAAGGUUCUGCGUUUCCCCAGGGCUCUGAUUUGCAUGUUGUAAACAAGUGGAGGAAUGGGAAGCACAGCUAAUUUUAUGUUUCCUCUCACACACACACACCCCCCCGCCCCACUUGCUUUGAGGAUCUGAAGCUGCUUCAGGCCCAAGGAGCGGCUAGAACGGAGGAAGUGAUCUGAUUUUUUAAAUCUAUUUUUUAUAGCUUUCUCACUGGAACACUUCUCUUGACGGCUGGCAUUUGUCAGGGAUAACCUUGCCACUCUGGUCACAGCUAAUUGCCAAAGACUUGGAAGUGCUAGCAUUUGUGCCAACGCACCAGCAGGCUGGCACCAAUGGCCUCUGUGUGUUCGAAAGGCUUGAGCUACAGUCUCUCUCCCCUGCAUAAUCUUGUUGCUUUCUGUUUCAGAACUUGGUUGCCAGGGACCAAGAAUUCAACUGCAUCAGCCCUAAACAGACCACCAGCCAAUAGCACCGCAGCCAACGGCAAAGGUGUGGGGAAACCUAAGCAGGCAGUGCCAGCUGCUGGUCAAGCUGUAGUAGCGCAGCAGAAAAGCAGUCCGGCUACACAAAGAGGUAUAUGUGAAGAUACGUAUGUCCUAUGUGGCUUAUGGGAAGUUCUGAGCCUUCCACAGCAUAAUGCAGAAAGGGAAAAGUUCCACAUUCUGUGGAAUCUUGGAUAUGUAUAGUUGGGGGGGUAACAAGGAAAUGAGGAAAUCUUCACAAAAGUACACAGCAUACAUGCAUCUCAUGAAGUAGGCUCAAGUCUAUGGGCUUUUCCACACUUCCUCUUGUCCUGCUCUUGUCCCCUCUUUAGCUCUUUAGGUGCAAACAGCAAUCAGGUUUUCUUCAGGUUGCUAUUUGUUCCUAUUCCAAGCUAAAGAGAGGAAACUGCUCAGACCCGUGUUUUUUAGGCAUGGGACAAGUACACGUCAUCACUUUUGCUGCAUCAGACUAACACAGCUGCCCCUCUGGAAAUUGAGACAUUUAUAUAGCACUUCUAUACGUCAAGAAAACUGCGUAACCGUAUCUAGUUUCAAUCCUCUGAAGAUAGGUUGGCAUUUCCGUGUUGCAUGCCUCCAGGUGAAAGCUGCUUGCUGAAGCCCACCUAGUGAGUUCAUAGUAAAAGUGAGAUUUUAGUUAGGGACUUUCUGAGAGUGAGAGCUGCCACCUUAGUUGGGGGACAAUACAUUCCACCAGCCUUCCUCAACCUGGUGCCCUCCAGAGGUUGUUGCACUUCAACUCCCAUUGGCACUAAGCAGCACGACCAGUGAUCCAACAUGGUGGGAGUUGCAGUUCGACAUCAGAUGGGGAAUCCUGCAUUGCAUAUCUGCAUUAAACUAUAGCUAAUGGUGCCUUAUUUCAAAGAGGGUUUGAGGUGACCCAAAUUCUGGCUCCAUAAGGCAAGUGAUGCAGCAGUAGGAGAUCGCUUUAGGGUAGGGGGUGGUGCAUAGCGAAGCAUUCCUAGUUGAUGGUACUGUGGCUUUUAUGUUGUUUGGUUUGAAACCAGGUGGCAGGCAUAAAAUGGGUAAAUGUUUAUGGCUUUGGAGCAGAAUUGCAGCUGCCAUGAGAAUCAGACCUUCGGCUGCUUAAAUCUUCCAGCAUGCAUUGACGCAUGUUGCGAGAGGCUCAGCUUUGGCAAUCGCUGCAAUGGACUUAAAAUACUAUUUCUCAUUCCAGAUGCUUCCAGAGCUGUCACGACCUCAAAGGCCAAGCCUUCAAGAUCAAACCCUGCUGUGAAGAUGCCGCCUGCCCCCUCCAGGCACCCCAAACUCCCAAGCUCAAAGUCUCAGUCCGAGCAAAACCUCGGGCAAAGGAAUGCGGCCGCCCUUCCGAAUACCAAGCUUUCGUCGAAGAAGUUCUCGGAGUCCACUAAGCCCAGAACUCCUGCCAAGGCGGCUGGUGGGACUUCGCAUCCGCCCACGCCACAAAGAGCUGCUGCCUCUGCUUCCAAGGCUUCUCCUGCAGGGGGCAGUCCAGGCAAGAAGCUCCCCAAGAAAGAUGCCCUUCCUAGCCAAGAGCAGGCCCCCUCUCCAAAGAAGGUCCAGAAGGCCAAGGAAGGGCAUGCCAUGGUGGGCACUGGUGAAGCAGAAAGCAUCUCCAUAGAAGAGGCAGGGCCCAUAGAACAAUUAGACCCUGCAGCAGAGGUAGAGACUGUUUCCUUGCUAGACUCCCAAGAGGCAGUGUCUGAGACCUGCAGGGUGGAAGCAGCGGCGACUGAGCAGUUGGCGCCAGGGGGCUUGGAAGGGGAAGACUGGGCUGCAUAUCCCAGCAUGAAAGUGCCAACUCCAGCCACUCUUGAGGCACCCCUGUCCUCGCUUGAUCAACAAGAUGUGACGUUCUCUUCCUCUCCCACCGAGAUGCAUCCAGCGGUCCUUGUCACACCUUUGGCUUUGUCCAGUCCAGAUGAUGUGAAGGACUCUUCCUCCCCUACUGAGAUGCAUCCAGCAGUCCUUGUGGCGCCUCUGGCUUCGUCUAGCCCACAAGAUGUGACGGUUUCUUCCUCUCCCACCGAGACGCAUCCAGCAGUCCUCGAGGCACCUCGGGUCUCUCUGCCUCCGCAAGAUGUGAAUUAUGACGAGAUACAUGAUUUGGCCGCCUCUGAGGUCCUGAACGUCCCUGGUGACGAAAUACUGGGCUUGCAGGCAGCUUGCACUUACGAGCCAUCUCUUCCUGUUGAUUCGGGGCUUGCUUCCCAAACUUCAACGCUGGAAUCUUCCCAGACUAGGCAGGCAGGCACAGACUCUGAGUACUUAGAGGAGCAAGUCUUUCCGCGCCUUGAUGUUCCAGUGGCUGUAGAGCAGCCGCACUUACUGCUUGACGCGGAAGAGCCUUGUGAAGGCAUAAGCCACCUCUCGUCACCCGGCACCCCGGUGUCCACUGGGGAAGAUGUCCCCAUGCCAAGCUGUGUAGAAGGAUUUCAUUCUCCCGGGUCCUUGGUUCCAGAUUUUGGGUUGCUUGAAGAGGCCCAAACUGCCAAACCUCUGGCACAGGCAGCAGAGGCACCGGAGGUGUCUGUCGUCACAGCGGAGCAGCCCUCCUCGUUCAGCCAGGCAGGUCCUCCCCUGGAAAGUAUGGCAGAGCCUUGGGCAGCCGAACAUGAAGUGGAUGAGGUCCUAAGCCUGCCUCGUAGCCCAGAGGUGGAGCAGCAGGUGGACAGGGCCCCAGUGGAGGCAGAGACUGAGAGGCUGAGGAGGAGCCCACUAGAGCUUGCAGCUGAAUGUGGUGACGUAACACAGGAAGUGGUCACUUCUCCACAGGCUGAGAGGCCACAAACAGCUGCCAUUUAUACUGAAGAUGAACUCCUGGAGCCUCUGCAUGCAGCAGAACCUUCUGUAACCGGUGAGUUUGUUCAGGACCAGGCCCCAGUCUCUCUCCAGACCCCUGAAAGCUUGCUUCCCACAGAAUUUGCUGGAGAGCCUUCUGUAGCCCACAGCGACCCGUGCAGUUGUUUGGGUGGACAUCCCGCAAUUGGAGGCCCUGUGGAUGAUGGUGGCGGUGAUGAUCCAGUGCUCCUGGAAAUGUGUGGGGGUGACCUGAACCAAGAGGAGGCUCCUGCGGGGGAAGCUCCAGGCUUCCGGCCCCAUCUCUCAGGGGAGCUCUCUCCGAGCGGUGUGGCUCAGGUGUUGGUGCACAAACCCCAGACCCUGCCCCUGAAGAGCCUUGAGCUGCUGCAGGAGCCUCCCGUCCAGCUCCCCGAGCUCCCAGACCUGCUGCUGAGUAGCACAGUGCUGACCACGAGCCAGUCCCCGGAGAGGGGAGGCUCCUCUUCAAAGUCCAGCACUUUAAGCGGACCCGAUUUGGCAGGCAAGAGCAGCAGCGAGACCAGCACCCCCGAGGAACUGCUGGACUACGACAGCAGCUCCGGGGUAGAGUCCAAGUCGGAGGAGAAACUGGAGCAGACCUGCCACCAGCUCCUGAGCCCCCUGGAGGACCUGCCCGGCGAGCUGGACCUGGGCAUCCACAUGGAGAAGGGAGACGAUGAGGCGGAGACCCUGCCUGCUGACGAAGUCCUUGGCGACCCGCCCACUGAGCCCACCGUGUCCUCCGAGGAGGAAGCCGAGCUGGACGCCGAUCUCCUGAAGGACCCGGGCUUCGCCAAAACAGCCGUGUGCCUGUCGACAUCUUUCCCGGGCAAGCCGUCCUUGCCCCACUCCGUGGAGGAGUCUGACGAGCUGGGCUCCGGCGACGCUGGCACCGAGACCCCAGCCUCCACCAACUCUGCCGCCUCUUGCGACGUCUUUGGCGCCUUCCACCUCCACUCCACCGACAGCUGUGGGAAGAGCCCCGGCCUCUCUUCCCUCGAGAGUGAAGAGGGCAGCAAGGACCAGCUCCCCAAAGAGACCGGCAGCAAGGCCCCCGUGGAUUGGGAGCAGCACUCCUUGCAGGCCUCGCCAGCUCCCCAGAAGACGCCUGGAGGGCAGGGGGAAGAGUCAUCCCAGCCUUUCACUGCCACUUAUAGCUUGGCUGCAGGUAACGUAUAGAGGAAACCUGCCUUGUCUGUGUCAAAAGUGCCAACCUGUGGUAUCUCAAUGUGCAAUAGUACCCUGUAGGGAAGGAAGACGGCCCCUCUCCUUCCAUGUGCACCUGUUCCAUCUGUGUUUCUAGCCAAACAGGCAUACUUUUUUUGUCUCUUUGUGUUUGAUACCUCCCCCCCCCCCAAUCUCGACAACCCCUUUUCUUCGCGGGAAACUGUGUGUAUUUUAGCGUGUUUUCUGAGAAGGGUAAACUUCUUAGUCUUGAUAUGUUGAAUAAAGC